AUGGCAUCAAAGAAUGAGAAUAAUGCUAGUGUUCGCACUUCAGCUAGUAAUACUCCAAUUGCAUUAGAUGAUGAUGAAAGUCCCGUGGAGACUGAUUCCGAUCCCUAUGUCCUACCAAUAACUAGUAGGCAUACUUCAGCAGUGUGGUCUGACUUUAAGAGAAAGAGAGUUGGUGAUGUGGUAAAAGCUGAGUGCAACCAUUGCUCCAAGCUAUUUGCUGGUGGGUCGAAAGCAGGAACUACUCAUUUGAAACAUCAUUUAAAAAUAUGUCCAAAGAGAGCAUGUCAAGAUCUUCGACAAACAAGAAUGCUUGAUACAAAAAAAAACUUGAAUGAUAAGAAUGACACGAUGACAUUGGCUCCUUACGAAUUCCACCAAGAAGAUGGAAGAAGAGACUUGGCGGAGAUGAUUAUUUUGCAUGAGUAUCCAAUUAGCAUGGUUGAGCAUAUGGGUUUUAGAAAAUAUAGCAAGACACUCCAACCUGGAUUUAAAGUGCCGUCUCGCAACACAACUAGAAAAGAUAUUAUGAAAAGAUAUGAGCUUGAGAAGGAGAAUGUUGCAACCUUGUUGAGGAAAGCAAAGGGUAAGAUUGCCUUAACUACUGACAUGUGGACUGCUGACAACCAGAGAAAAGGUUAUAUGGCGGUCACCUCACAUUUUAUUGAUAAUACAUGGAAGUUGCAAAGUCGGAUCAUAAGGUUUUUAUAUGUCCCCGCCCCUCAUACUGCCGAGGUUCUUGCUGAUGCUUUGAAAGAAAGGAUUCAAUCAUGGAAUCUUGAUCUUAGGUUGUCUUCUAUAACUGUGGAUAAUUGUUCAACUAAUGAUGCAAUGAUGGAAAUUUUGAAAGGAGAUUUUUUUCAUAUGCGUUGUUGUGCUCACAUAUUAAAUUUGAUUAUUCAAGAUGGUUUAAGUGUUGUGGUAUCAAAUGGUGUUCAAAGAAUUAGGGAUAGUGUUGUGUUUUGGACUGCUUCUGAUAAGAGAGUACAAAGGUUUGAACAAGUGGCUAAGCAAAUGGCUCCUGAGUGUAGUAGAAAGUUAGCACUUGAUUGCAAAACCCGGUGGAAUUCUACUUAUGAAAUGCUUUCUAUUGCUAUUAGUUAUAAAGAAGUGUUUGUUGUUUUAAGUGCUCGUAAUAAUUUAUAUAAGAAUCCACCGACCCCUGAAGAUUGGGAAAAAGUUGAGAAAAUAUGUGAACAUUUGGAAGUGUUUAGUAAAACUACCCUUAAUUUUUCAGGAACAAAUUACCCUACGACCAAUCUUUAUUUUCCCUAA